AUGAGCGCAUCUCAGUUUAUAAAGUGUGUGACAAUCGACGAUGGAGCUGUUGGGAAGACCUGCAUGCUUAUUUCUUACACCAACAACACUUUCCCCACUCAAGGCCGCCUACAUCCACCAACCGCAUCCACCCAUCGAUGCCCUUCCACCGUCGUUGCAAAUCAGUUAGAAGAAGAAGAGAGGGUGGGGUUAGGGUCGUUUUUUCUCAUCCUGACGCAGACUAAGUCGGAGGAUGAGAUGUCAUCGUCUGAAAUCUUUGAGCUUCCUUUGAUGUGUUAUUGAAAGCAAUUGAUGGUGGGAGGAUCAAGCAUAGUCAUUGAAGGCUAACUAGUGGUGACUGUUUGUGUAUGUGGAAUGUGUGUAUGUAUCUGCGUGUAUUGGGAGUGUGUGUAUGUUUUUUAUGGUGAUCAGGGGGAGGACGGAGAGAGAGAGAGAGAGAGAGAGAGAGAGAGAGAGAGAGAGAGAGAGGUGAGA